GUGUAUCACAUGGCAAAUCUGAUGAAUGGCUGUAACCUUUUUUCCGUGUUCCACGCUGCCGGUGACGUUGAACAACAAAGAUGGCAGGGGGAAACAGCAAUUACUGGGAAGAUCUGCGAAAGCAGGCCCGACAGCUGGAGAACGAGCUUGAUCUGAAACUGGUCUCCUUCAGUAAGCUGUGCACCAGUUAUAGCAGCUCCAGGGAUGGGCGGCGAGGAGGAGACAGUUCGGACACAACUCCACUCCUCAACAACUCCACCCAGGAUAGGAUGUUUGAGGCCAUGUCUGUAGAGAUUGAGCAGCUACUAGCAAAACUCACGGGUAUAAAUGAUAAGAUGGCGGAGUACAGCAGCACGCCAGGCGUCACAUCCCACAAUGCUGCCCUGAUGCACACGCUCCAGCGGCACAGAGACAUCCAUCAGGAUUACACUCAUGAAUUUCACAAAACUAAAUCCAACUUUCUGGCGAUCAGAGAAAGGGAGGAUCUACUGGGAUCUGUCAGAAAGGACAUUGAGACAUACAAGAGUGGUUCCGGAGUGAACAACAGAAGGACAGAGCUGUUUCUGAAGGAGCAUGAGCACCUCAGAAACUCAGACAGACUGAUGGAAGACACUAUAAGCAUUGCCAUGGCAACUAAGGAGAACAUGACCUCGCAGCGGGGGUUUUUGAAGUCCAUACAGAGCAGGGUCAACACUUUGGCCAAUCGUUUUCCAGCCAUCAAUAGCCUUAUUCAGCGAAUCAACUUGAGGAAGAGGCGGGACUCAUUAAUUUUGGGCGGAGUCAUUGGCGUUUGCACCAUUCUCUUGCUGCUUUACGCAUUUCACUGAUGGACAUGGACUCUGACCAAUUGCUUUUUUUUUCCUCUGGCAUACUGCGAGUUGUGGUAGAACCUGGAAGCAUGGACUUAGCGAUAGGAGGACCCAGGAGGCUGCCAAGCAAACGUCCACUUGGCCUAAUCAGAUAAUGGCAUUGAUUGUGGCCAGCAUGGACUUCCUUAUUUGUAUUUAUCAGUGGGAGGGGUGGUAGUUUGGUGCAGUCCAGCAACAUUUUUUGGGUUAUCCUUUCCCCCACAAACACUUCUACUGUGGGGCAAGGAGAGGGGAACAGAGACCAAAUAAGAUGGGGAUGGGACUGACUAAUCUGGAAUUUCUGUUUUUAAACGAGCAAAAUGUAACAAUACAGAGGACAGAGCAACAAGAAAUUGUGCCAUCCAUGGUGAUUUUAUUUUUUCUUUUCUUUCCUUUCCGGAAGACAUUUUGAUGUCAUGGUCCUUUUAGUGGAGGAGGAUGUCCAUCAUGUUAUGUAACCUGUUCAUUAAUAAAUUAUUCAUAUAAAUGUUAAAAAA